AUGCAGUAUCGAGAUGCUCUGAUGAAGAUACCCGCAUCCCACAACAAUGCGCAGAACGUUCAAGCAUGCCAUGAGAACGUGGCAUGUCACCGAUAUCAAGAAAGCGGGACAUGUUUAGCCAAUACUGCCAGCGACUUGAAUCGAUCUACAGUGUCCUUGCAUAGUAAUCCAAUGUAUGUGUUGGAGCAUCUACUCUCUGGUGACUGCUCCAUGUUUAUAGGACACGCCGUGAAUUGUGUCAAUGCAUGGAACCAACAGUUACAAAGAACAUAUGGUCGGGCAACGUACUCGGGUUAUCCACCGUCACCAUCACCGACUACAUUACCACUCCCAUCACAUCUUCAACAACAACAAUAUCAAGGGGCCGCAGUUCAGCCCUCUUACAUCCUCCACGCCGCCUUCCACUCCAUAACCCAUUCCCAGUCCCGAUCAGCAGCCGUCCUCGUCUUCCUCACCACCAUGCUAUACAGCUCCACACGCAUCCCAUUCCCCAAGACCGCAUCCGAAACAUCCGAAUUCUACUCUAUUGCCGCCGACAUGACUGGUCUGGACCUAUUCAUAACAGGCGCAUCAACCGCAUCCAAAUUCCUUUUCGACGCAGACUCGGUCGCAUCCAUGUCUAAAUUCUGGGAAUCAAUAUCGUCAGGAAUGCCAAGACAACCAGGCUGGCUCAACGAUCUCGAACGCCGAUACAUGAACCUCAUACAAUGGAACCUGAAUGUAUCGCCGACCGAGCUGUACGAUUGGACUGUGUCGAUUAUUCAGGUCGUGAGAUCGGGGACGGUCGUGCCGGUCGUGUUUCCGUCGCUGGGAGCUAAUAUUGUUGUUGUGCCAAGACAUAAGAGUACGGGAAAGAGAAGUCAUGAGCAGUUGCUGACGCCUGCUGAAUUGUGUGGUGGGGAUUGGGAAGGGCAGGUCAAGAAGCCGUCUGUGAAGCAGGGAUACAGUGAGCAGCAGCAGCAAGUGUGGAGGCAACAGCCGAUUGGGUUGUUACAUGUUUAUGAACCAAUGUUUACGGGAUUGAAUAAGGGCCCAUCUGGAUUUGCACAACAGCCGCCGUUAACGACAGUGUUUAUAUAA